AUGACGCCGAUAGAAGUUGUGAAUCGCGUCCUCGGGGGAUGCGGCAUUGCAGUGUGCAGUGUUGGCGAGCUAGUCCUGAACUAUUACAACGUUCCUCGGGCCAUCUAUGAAUUAGAAUUCUGCGUUUCGAGAGGAUACUUGGUCCUGGCAGCUGCAAAGCUGUGUUUGUCGGGCAACUUUGAGCCUUGCGAUCCAGAGCCCACGAUAAACAACUACACAGAGUACAAGCGCGGCUUUCCGCGGUUGAGAACGACAUUUUUGCCAGACCGGCAGCAGACCAUCAUCAUCUUUACCGCACAUGUGUAUGGGCUGGAGCCUCUCGCCGAGAAAACCUUGACGAUUCGAGCCCCCGAUUGCCACGUCAGCAAGGAGAUGGACGGGUUUAACGCCGAGGAGAUGGCGGCCAUGACGCUGCCCCGGCUAGCCCCAUAUCUGCGCGGCCAGGCUGCCAAAUUCCUCUCGACAAGGGACGAUAUGGCCAUGAUUGCUGUCGAAGAGCUCAUCGACGGCAUGGAUUUGGAUGAAGGCUGGGUGAGCGACCAGCUGCAGGACUGUGAGCCUGCAGCGCGUUCUCUGAUCCUCCAGAAUAUAGCCAACAAGCCCUUCAGGAUGGACCACUUCUCGGAAAACACGAUCACGUGUUUUGUUCGUGAUAAAGAAGAAGCCGAGUAUGUCAAAUCUAUAGCAGGAUACAUGUGA